GUUAUUUAAUUAAAUAUGAAACACACCUUAAAGAAUCAAAAUAACAUAAGUCAAACAUCAAUGAAUCAUUAUGAUAUACUAUAAUUUGAGAAUAAUAAGGAGAAUAGAUUAGCUAACAAAAUAUUAUCCAAUAUAGAAAGUAAGAUUUCAUUUGUAAGCAAAUUAAAAACAAAUGCAUUUGAAAAUCAAAAAAAAAUGAGUUAAGACACCUAAUAAGAAAAAGAAAACAAUAAAAUACUAUCAAAUCCAAAAAUAUAGUUUAAUUCUUAAACAAUUGUGAAAAAACCAUUUUGUAAGAUCACAAACAUUCUAGCAAUUUAUACAGAAGAAAAAUAAGAAUAAUAGCCAAAAAAAAUAGUAAAAAGUAAUUUAGAUUUAAAUUAAUUAUGUGAUUAAGAAAUUUAGAUUGGAAAUUUUAGGUUAGAAUCUAUAUUGGGAUAAGGUUCUUAUGCAACUGUAAGAUUAUGUGUUGAAAAAAAUAGUAAAGUUAAAUAUGCUAUAAAAAUAUAUGAUAAAAGUAAAAUAUCUGACAAUCAAAAAAUGAACAAUAUAAAAAGAGAAAUUUCAAUAUUAAAAAGAAUAAAUCAUAGUAACAUCAUUAAAUUAAUAUAUGCUAUAGAAGAUAGAAAAUCAGUAUGAAUUAAUAUAUCAUAGAUCAACUUAGUGAUGGAAUAUAUAUCUAAUUAGUCAUUAGCAGUGUAUGUGAAAUCAAAAUCAAAAAGAUUAUUACCAACACAAGAAGGCCUAUACAUUUUUUAAUAAUUGGCUAAUGCAAUAAAAUAUUUACAUAACAAAAAUAUUGCUCAUCGAGAUAUUAAAAUGGAAAACAUACUUCUUUUAACAGACAAUUAUGUUAAAUUAAUAGAUUUUGGUUUUUCAAUAUGUAUUUCAGAUAAUUAAAAAGUUAAUGUUUUUUGUGGAACUCCAAGUUAUAUGUCUCCUGAAUUGGUUUCAAAAGUAAAAAUAAUAAUAAUUUAGGUUCCUCAUAAUCCAAUAUGCUCAGAUAUUUGGUCAUUAGGAAUAUUAUUAUAUCGAAUACUUUUUGGAGAAUAUCCUUUUAGAGGGUAAAAUGAUAAAGAAUUGUAUAGAGCAAUACAAUAGAAUAAAGUUAAAUUGCCAAACGAUAUGAAUUAAAAUAUUGCUUACUUAAUUAAAGGAUGUUUAGAAAAAAAUGUUAGUUAAAGAUUUACAAUAGAUUAAAUAUUAAACAAUCCUUUAUUUUAAUAAACUGUGAAUAUAUAUGCAUUAACUUGA